AUGCCAAACGAUAAGCAUAGUAACAAUUUUUUUAGUGAAUUCAACAUAUAUAAUAAGAAAAAUGCGAAAAAAGUUGUAUACAGAUAUUUUCAGAAUAGAACACAAAAACAAACUAAGUAUAUAACAUUAUCGUUACUUGCGUUUAGUGGCGUUUUUAUAUAUAUAACCACCAAGGCAUAUGAUAGGAACAUAUUCUACUUAAACAAUGAAGUUUACAAUAAACUGAGCAAAAAAUGUGAUAUAUCUUCACCGUUUGAAGCUCAAAACAGAGCUUUCGGUCAUAUAUUUGUAAAGGCUAAAAGAAAAGAUUUAGAGCUCGACUCGAAGCCUUUGGUGUCACAAAUCAUUAAAAUUAAUGAUAAAGAGUAA